AUGGGCGAAUCAAUGGCAUUGGAUCUCACCAGAGAAAUUUCUGCCCCAACGAAAGCUUCUGGUGUUUUGGCCAAAGAAUACACGUUGGAUAUUCCAAGAAUACCUAGCGUGGAGCUACCAUUAAGGGUGUCAGGGUCGCAAGAAAGUGUGGUCAGGGCAAUCGAGAUGUGUGGUGGACUUACAAAAGUGAAGAAGGCCUUGAACGCUCAUAAAGACACACACGAUGGUUUAGAGCUGUUUCUGAACCACGAAGCGAAAAGAGACGGGCCAAAUACGUUUUUCAACGAGCAUCCAAUUGUUGGUAGGCUUGUUCCACAGCGUGAUGAGUCUAUUGUAAUGAAAGCUUCACUCCCUAGAGGUACACUUAAAGCCUGUGGUGGUGAUAUUCGCAAAGCCCUUGCCUCAGUACCGUCAAAUAGGCAGAAAGUUGUUCCUGUUGGGAUCAUAAAUAACACCAUCAGAUUUCGCGAAAUGUCAGAUUUCCAGGUCAGACUCGAUAAUGUACCUUCAGCUUGUGAAUUCAACGAAAGUAUAGCUUCCAGGGACUGGGACAGCAUUCAACAGUACGUGAACAGUAUCCCAGAUCAGGACCCUAGGCCUUUCGAAAACAUUAACAAUCUAAUGGUGAACCGGAGUUCUCAAAUCCCAAGCACAGAUUUCCAGCUGCCACCACCCCCAAGACUUUCCAUGGUUAAUAUCCCGUUCGUUUACAAAUUUCGAGGCAAUCCGUAUGCUACAAAAUCGUCAAGCGGAGAGUCGACCGUUAGGGGCACCUACCUUAAGAACUAUCAACAACUUGUGCACAGCUUUGGCGAAAAUGCCGAAAUUCCCACGACUGCACAUCCGUCUUUACAAGAGGACUACCAAAAAGCCAAAGUAACAGGCGUAUACCCUGGGAGUAAAAAGGACUCGAAAUUCUACGAGAAGUUAGAAAAAUGCAUAGCUAUCCUACAAGAAGCUUUUACAAGGAGACCCAUAUGGGUGAAACGCCACAUCGAUGGAUUGAUACCACAGGACCUUCAUGGAACACUAAAAAUUGCCCUAUCCUUAGUAUCCUAUCGGUUCACGAAGGGACCCUGGAGAAAUACUUACAUUAGAUUUGGUAUUGACCCACGCAGCUCUCCCGAGUAUGCUAUAUUUCAAACAGAGUAUUUCAAAGUGGAGGGCAGGCUUCAAAAGUCGCCGUUGGCUGCCAAAAAUAUUCCGGAGCCGCCAUCGAAAUACUACAGGAGCAAUAAAGUGGGAGGAAUCGACUCUCGAUUCUACUUUGAUGGCACGUAUGUGCCAUGGUAUCUCAUGCUUCAAAUUGACCUUCUCUUACAGGAACCAAAUAUAGCAGCAGUUGUAGCCGAUGCGACAUAUCUGGAUAAACCAACAGAAUUGACUGGAUGGCUCCAGGAACUAGAUUUGACUAAAAUAAGAAAGAUUGUCAAGUAUGAACUGGGCUGUCUUGUCCAAGGAAACGCGAUCUUCAACGAAUACAAGCUCAAAUUCUUCAGAAACAUGCUUUACACGAAAGAGUCUAUGAUGCAUAAUAAGGGAAAGAGUCCUGACGCGGAUGGCGACGUUGAAAUGACAAAUUCUAGUAGCACGUCUGAAGGAAAUGACGGAAAGGUGCCCAAGGACCAAGAAAACCAGGAAGACGAGGACGAAGAUAAUGGCGUCGAAGCCGGGGAACUGGAUGACGCGGUCUUGGAACAGGAGGAAGAAGAUGAAGAAGACGAAGAUGCGGAAUUUGGCGAUUUCGAAUCGGAAGCUCCUCAGAAUUCAGAUUCUGCCCGCCUUGGACCCGAUACCGACUCACUAAAUCCAGAUUUUGAUGUCACUACUGCUACGUUCAAGGAAAUAAUAGCUCAAAUCAGCCAAAGAGAUCCUGAAGCGGCUGCCAACCUUGCAAGAAACCUUGAUGGAUUUGUCUUGGAAUCAGAAUUGUGA